AUGGAUUCUGAAGCAAAGGAAACACUGCACGCAGCCUCUAGCUUCUUCUCAAUCGAUGACAUCGACGAAGGUCCGGAAGACGUCGACCGAAGGGCGACCUCCUUACAGACCGAAACAGAACAGUUCACCGCGGCGGUGAUACUUCGACUUAAUCCAGAUGUUCGAGCGGCAAUACCAGAAUUUCAAGGACAGAAUUAUUCUCAGACGUUUGUGACGACGUCACUGCUGCAGCGAAUCAAUGGUAUGGAGGAGAGGAUUUUGACUGAGCAUAUGGGCAAUGCUAGGACAGUGAAGAAGCUUCUUGGUCGCUUAGACACUUCUGACUUCAAAUGCGCGUACAACUGUUUGUCUAGUGUCACUGAAAUAGUGCUGAGACCGGGUGUGACGUGGGGUCGGGUGGUGUCUCUUAUGCUUCAUGUUGCUCAGUUGGCUGCCAAAAUGAUGGCUUCCAGGUCUGAUGAGAGUAGGGAGUCUUCUAGUCUGGUGUUUAGGAAAGUUGUGUCGAUGACGGCAGGUCUUCUUGUUCAUACUGGUGUGUGGCGAUGGAUGCUGUGGAACAAUGAGGAGACGCGCAUUCGGGUUCGAAUGACACCUAUGAAUGUACUGUCAGGUAAUAUCUUAGUUCCUCCACUUGGACCAAAACAAAAAGCAGAUCAUUACUAUCGUCUUGCAAUCAAGAAAGGUUGUGUGAAGAUGAUUGUAUUCAAACUAGACCUGUUUGGUGAAGGAGAAGCUGGUAAAUCAUGUUUGGGAGAUGCAUUUUUGGAUCUCCCAUUUCAAAAGCAGAGAGCAAGCACCAAAGGUGCUCAAAUGAAAGUAAUGAUUCGAACUGCUUUAUCGGAUUGUGGCUUUUGGAAAGAGCUCGUGGGUCGAGAAAGAGAAUUGAGAAUUAAUCAGUUAGUGCUAGGUGAAAUCGUCAAGUCUAAUCAACAGACAGACGAUAAGGAAGGUCAAGCAUACACUGAUGGUCCUUCACUACGAAGUGAAAUAGAACAGCAGAAAACUGAACAUCACCAGCCUCGACAUCUCUUGCCUACAAUGGGAUUGAAUGAGUUUGCUUCCGUUCAGAAUUUAACAAAAGAAGAUUCUGUCUUUAUUAGACAGUUGGAAAAUGAUAAAGAGGAACUGAGAAGGUGCCAGGAGAUUGUCAUGGCAACACUAUGGGACAGAGGUGGUCAGGAAGCCUUUCGGUCAGCUCAUCCGGCGCUCAUGGCAGAAUGCUCUCUGUAUAGUCCUACAGCUUACUUGCUUGUUUUUGACAUAACAAAGCACAUGGGGUCUGUUGUAAAAAGCAGUUUUCGGGAAGAUGACGGUAGAACUAGAAUUGUACCCCAAGGAGUAAGAUCUCGAACUUACCUUGAUGGUAUGCGAUAUAUGUUAUCGUGUAUUAAGAUGGCCCAUCCUAUCCAUACUUCCCCUCUCAACUUUUUGGGACGCGGCGUUGUGAACAAGCCUCCUGCAAUGUUUGUUGUUGGUACACACAAGGAUAUGCUCGGUGACGACUCGACACUUGCAGAUGAACAGGAAAGAAUUUUGCAAGAUCUCAUCAGUGAGAAGAACUGCAGCGAACAAGUUGUGCUAUCUAAUACAUCACCCAACAGAGUUACCUUUCAAGUGGAUAACACGCGAUCUGGUACAGUUUGCCCUGAUGAAGUGCUUGUAAAUCUUCGAAAUUUAAUUGUUCAGAUGGCAAUGACAUACUGGGAAGAGGCCGGACCCAUCCCGGUGUCUUGGGCCAUUCUUGACAAGGGCCUUCAUCGUGUAGCCGAGCGACCAGAAAAUCAGGGAAAGAUUAUGAACCUAGAAGACGUGAUCGCAUUUGCUGAGCGGCUUUGUGAUAUAUCCAACGACGAAGAAUGCAAGUCAGCACUGAUAUACCUAACAAGUUUGGGCGUUAUCCUCUAUUAUUACCGAAUACCCGUUUUGAGUGAGAAAGUCUUCACCGAUCCUCAGUGGCUUAUGAACGUUUUCUCAACAUUUGUCACUGUUCUCGAUCGGGCCAAUGUUAGCAAAGAACUAUGGCACGAUUUGGAUGAUUUGCACAAGAAAGGUUUGAUGUCGUGGCCACUAGCAGAAUAUCUCCUUAAAAACUCUGAUGUAUGCCAAGGUGCAUAUCCGACCAUCCUUACUACUCUUGGUGUAUUUGAUCUCAUCUUUCCUGUUACACCUGGUGGGGAGCUUAAGCCCGAGUUGCCAUUUUUUGUUCCUGAUAUGCUAGCUGAGGGUUACAGCGGUGAGUGCAAGUGGCAAAGAGCUAUGCAUUUUCCAUCGUGUCCUCCUCCUCUGGUGUUUCGACCAAAAGGCUUUGAUUCAUGGCCAGCUCCUCUCUUUACUCGUCUUGUUUGUCGAUGUGCCAGUCAGCUGUCUGUUGCUACACCUUUCUUGAAACGAGAGUACGCCCAAGUGCGAUUGGGGAACGAGAUUGAGUUGGAGGUUGCAUACUGGCAGCAGCGUUAUGUUAUAGCAACCGUUUACUCAUUGAAUGAAACUGCUGUUUCUGAUGAGGCUGUCAUGAGGAUGCAGUGCCUAAAGUGCAAGGAUUUUAUCUCAGAAACACUAACCGAUGUCAAAAGGCACGGAAUGGAGGGCUUUGAAUUUGGUUCUUGUGUCUACUAUGGGGCUGACGUCAAAGUUAAACAAGGAUUUAUUGAUGAUUCGAUGCUUGUUGAUGUCGACAUCUAUAAUCCAAAUAAUGCAAUGCUGUUCACUCAUCAUGGAGUAGGUGUCUCUAGGAGUCGUUUUCCAUGUCUUGAAUAUUGGUUUCCUUGUCAAGAGUACUCUCACGCAGGAACACCUUUGCAGUCUUCUGCAAUUCCAACAGAUGAACAUGAUACAAACAAGGAUCUCACGACUCUUGAUUUGACCUCAUCGGAUAUACCUUUGGGUUUACGCACGGAGGUGGCUAAUAUAUGUGGUAAAGAGUGGAAGCAGUUAGGAAGAGAAUUGGGAAUGUCCGAAAGUGAUCUGGAUGAGUAUGACACUGAAAGAUAUCCAAAGUACAGCGAGAAGGCUCAUCGAGUUAUUUACGACUGGAGACGGAAGGAAGGUGAGAAUGCUACAUGUGGACUAUUGCUGAAAACGUGUAACAGACUGAAAGUAUUAGGACAAGUAAGGAAGGCAGUUAGGGAUGAGUAUAGCCUUGUGUUUCCGGAGUAUGUGUAAGGUAGUUUGAAGAAUAAAGAUAUACAAUUUACUACGCUGUUGU